CAGUAAAGUUAGAUACAUAUCCCUAACCUUCGUACACACACACACUCACUCACACACACUGAUCGGAUUGUCUGAUAUAGCUUUGGUUGCAACACAAGAAUACGAUCUACAAAUCAAACUUAAUUACACAUGAGUGCAAACCCAAGGAGCACAUGUAAACCAUCUCAUACAGUCUUGACAACUUAACAUUACUUAAACAUCAGUCCAUAGCAUAAUUUGCCAUGGCAGUGUAAAGAGAAAAACAAAUUUGACCUUUGACCUCCCAGAGCAAAAGUCUGUGGAGUGUCUGACAGGGAAGGAGGAAGUGAGGGAGUGUAAGGAGGUGAAGAAGAAGAGAGUGAUAGUGGAGAAGCAAACAAGCAACACCCAGCAUAUCAGGGAGCUCCCAGAGCUGGCCAAACUGCCCCCUGUGUCCUGUCCUGAGGAGGCCAUCCUGCAGGCCUUCAGGCUGCUCAGACACGACGACUGGGAGCAGAAGAUCGAGGCCCUGAUAUCCAUCAGGUCUCUGUCCCAACACCACGCUGAGGUGAUGCUGCCCAGGCUGCAUGAUGUGUGUCUGGCCGUCUACCAUGAGGUGAAGAACCUGCGCUCAAUGGUGUCCCGCGCUGCCAUGGUGACGCUGGCCCACCUGCACGCUCACCUGGGGCGAGGCAUGGACGCUGAGGCCGAGGGCACAGCCCAGACACUGCUGCCGAAAGCUGGAGAGGCCAGCGGCUUCAUCAGGGAGGACAUGGAGCUGGCACUGGGGUACAUGGUGCUCAACGUCACCCCCUCUCGCAGCAUGAACGCCCUCAUCAACACAGGACUCAGGCACCGUAAUGCGGCCGUGAGGAAGACCACUGCACAGUUCCUGGAGAGACUGGCAGAGGUCAUGGGGGCAUCCCGCGUCCUGUCUGGCAAAAAGAACCUGACUGACCGCUUCAUCCACUCCAUCAGCUGUCUGGCCCUCGACAGUGCACAGGAAGUCAGGACCCAUGCCCGUAACACGUUGGCAUUCUUGGCUUCCCAUCCUGACCUUAUCAAAAUGGUGGACAGGUUCGUCCCUCAGAGAGAUCAAGGCACUGUCAGGGACAUCAUCAACAAAUGCCAAAAAAAUCUCCGAUCCAAAUGAAGAAGGAAUUCUGGCGGCAACAUCUGGCGGGAUCAUCUAGCUCAGCAGCAGCAUUCAAUCAGACUACCAACAAGACCAAGCUCCUUCCCCCAUUCCAGUCUGCUCUCAUUCACUCUCAACCAGCUACAGCAUUCAAACAUCUAUUUUUACAUAGGCCUAAUUUGUAUUUUGUUUCUUUUUCACAUCUUUCAGUUUCCUUUUUCUGAAACAAGUUAAAAAUAAA